CUGCGCGCCUACAUGCCCCUGCUCGUCUGGGUAGCAAUCAGCCUCACGAGCACCUUUAUCGUCCUGACCUGGCACAAUCAGGUAUUCCGAGCGCUCGACCGUCUCGCAAGUCAUCUGCAGAAGCUGGGCAUGGCCGGUCGUCUGAUCCUUGGCGCGCUCAUCUUUCUCACCACCUUUCCGCCGUUGCCGCUCUAUUCGACGCUUAUCGUCCUCUCUGGCUUCACCUUCGGCUUGUUUCAGGGCUUCGUCAUCAGCUACACUGCCGCGUUGGCAGGCGCCAUCGUCGUCUAUGUACUCAGUCGGAGCGUACUCCGCGGCUGGAUGUUCAGCCUCCUCGACCAGAGUGGCGGUCUAAAGAACGUGGUGCGAGCCAUCGAGAAGCGGCCUCAGCUCCUCUUUCUCAUUCGUCUGGCACCCUAUCCGUACAAUCUCAUGAAUACGCUCCUGGCCAGCGCGCCAACGCUGACGCUGAGGACGUACACCCUCUGCACGGCACUGGCCCUGCCUAAACUUCUCGUGCACUGUGCUCUAGGGACGUCUAUCAAGAACUUUGCUGCCGCUUCGUUUGGGGCAGGGAAUACCCAAAUCUCGUCGGGUGCAAACGAAGCCGCCGCAUCGGAGACGGCCGAACUGAUCAAGCACGCAGCUGGCUUUCUAGGCGUGGGCCUCUGUGUGGGCAUCUUCAUCUAUCUCUUCAUCGUCGCGCGACGGGCCGUCGAUGAAGAGCUAGAGGGCAUCGAG